AUGCACGUUUUGAUUACCAACGAUGACGGUCCUCCAAGUGAAGAGGCCUCACCUUACGUUUUGUCGCUCUACCGAGCGCUCAAAAAGUAUACAGACUGGGAAGUUUCUGUAGCAAUUCCAAACACUCAGCGCUCGUGGAUCGGCAAGGCACACAUGAUUGGCCAAGACGUAACCGCAAGCUACAUUUACCCAAACGAUCCAACCUCUUCUGAUGAAGGAUACUACGAUUAUCAAGGCCCAUAUGAUGUGCCGCAGCAAGAUAAGGCUCACAAGGAUGAAUGGGUGCUUCUCGACGCGACGCCGGCGUCGUGCGCAAAUAUUGGUAUCCACCACAUGUUCAACCAUAAAUCUCCUGUUGAUCUCGUCAUUUCCGGUCCAAACUUUGGUCGUAACUCAACUGCGUUGUACAUUAUGUCUUCAGGAACCGUGGGUGCCGCCAUGGAGGCUGCUUUGUGUGGUGUCCGCGCCAUUGGUAUUUCAUAUGCUUACGAGACUAAGACUCAUGACCACAAUCUUAUCGACACUGCUUCACGUCUUGCAGUCGAACUUGUGGAACAUUUGUAUACCAACUGGGACACCAAGGACGGAGUCCAGUUAUACUCAGUCAACAUCCCUCUUGUCGAGGGUCUCGGUGAUUCUACACGCGUUUUGUAUGCACACAUUCUUCAAAACCAGUGGGGUCCUGUGUUUGAACCUUGGGAAGACUUUGAGCGUCGUCGUGAUGCUGACCCCAAGGCUGUGGCCGAGGAGGAGGAACUGCAUAUCGGUGUUCCUGUGCCGAGUUUGAUUGAGGACGGUGACAGCAACCAGCUCACUCACCAAACUAACGGUACAGCCAACCGCAACAAGGCCCGGCGGCAGUUCCGAUGGAAGCCUGAUUACCAGGCUGUCCGUGACUCUGUCAAAGGUAGUAAAGAGGGUAAUGAUGGAUGGGCUGUCGAUCAGGGUCACAUUAGUGUUACCCCUCUACGUGCAUGUUUCCAUGUAGUCGACAUUGCCGGCGACAUUAAGCUUCAACAUAAAAAGUAA